AUGUUCCUCUUCCGUCACUGUCGAAGCGCCUCGUUUAGCAGAGGCCGUGCAUUCGCAUCACUGGCCCCUCACCGUGCCCGUCUCCAAAGCACGCCAACUAUCAUCAAGCCCUCCAAUCUAGAAACCCAGAAGGGGUUCCUCGAGCCACGGAACCUGGAAAAGGCCGUCGGUGCUCUCCACAGAGACGGCCUUGUCGUGGUCGAGGAAGCGAUCCCCCACGACGCACUGGACAGGCUGAACACGAAGAUGGUGCAGGACGCACGAGUGCUGCAGAGCCGAGGCGAAGACGGGCCCUUGAACUACAACACGGGCAAUCUGCAGCAGGACGCCCCGCCCGUGGCGGAGCACUUCAGCCCGGCGAUCUUCACUAACCCCAUCGCCACGCAAAUAACCACCAGUGUACUUGGCCCUAUUCCCAAAUGGACCUUCUGCUCCGCGAACUCAGCCAUGCCACCACCCCCCGGGGGAUCCCCCUCCCGCCAGCCCGUGCACUCCGACGCCGACUUCCAGCACCCGGACCACCCGUUCGCGCUCGUCGUCAACGUCCCGCUCGUCACCAUGACCCCCGCGAACGGGUCGACCGAGAUCUGGCUCGGCACGCACCGCCGCGACGCAUCCAGCCAGGAGGGCGCGCACGGCGAGCGCGCCAGCGGCCGCAUCCGCGAGGACUUGCUCGCGGCGCGCCGGGAGGUGCGUCCGCCGUGCCAGCCGGCGGUCAAGAAGGGCAGUAUCGUCGUCCGCGACCUGCGGCUCUGGCACGCGGGGAUGCCUAAUCUGGGGAGCGAGGUCCGCGUCAUGCUGGCCAUGAUCCAUUUCGCGCCGUGGUAUAGGAAUCGCAUGCGGCUUCAGUUCGCCGAGGACAUCAGGCCGGUUUUGGAGGGGCUGGAGAGGGAGGGGAGGUUGGGGUUGGAAGUCCCUGUGGACUGGGUUGGUAGGGGGGAGGCGCUGCAGGGGUAUUUGAAUAGGGGGUUUGGGAAUAGUUAUGACUUUGGUCAAGCGCCUUAG